AUGAAUACAAAGCGUAAUUUGGAAGCAAACAAAUCUAGUGCUGAUGGAGAGAAGGGAAAUCAAAACUUGGAAGAAAAAGCUUCGACUAAUUCAGCUGACAUUGUAGCCGAACUUAUUCGGGAUGUAGAAAACUCUGAUACGCCUUUCGAUGUAGCAGAUCUAGCUUACGCAAGAAGUUCUGAUAGAUCGCGCAAAGAAAAAAAGGAAAAAAAAGAUAAAAAGAAGAAAAAAAAGAAGAAGAAAAGGAAGCAUGAGAGCAGAGAUAGGAGUAGGGAACGUAGUAGAGAACGAAGUAAAGAGAAGGAUAAGGAAAGAAAACGAAAAUCGAAAAAGUCAGAAAAGAACAGAGACAAAGAGGAUAUCCGUGAAAAACACAAGUUAAAAUCGCCCCAGAAGCUCAAGAGAACGAAGCUAGAAGAAUCUGUUAGUGCUGAAGAUGAGGAUGACGACUUCACAGUCACGUUGAAAGCUGUGAAAGAAACGAAACUUGUAAUUAAUAUUAAAUCUUCUCUGACUCAAGAAGCUCAAAAAAGUUCAGAAUUGUCAGCCAAGGAUGACAGAAUUACUGCCGAUGAUUCUAACGCUACGUUGGAUGACGAUGAUAAUACAGGUACUAGGGCAUCGAAAAUCAUUGAAAAGACAGUAGCUCGAAUAACGAAGAAAGAAGAGAGUCGGUUAAGGAAUAAAAGGGACGAUAGUUCAGAUGAUGAGAGAAGUCGAUAUAGAUCUAAGAGGGACAGGUCGUACAAUAGAGAUAAAGGAGCUUUAAAAUCAAGAAGAUCGCGUAGUCGAAGUAGAUCCCGAGAUCGUCGACGUCAAAGAUCCCGUAGUUAUGAACGAAGGACAAGUCGAAAGCGAUAUUCUCGCUCUAGAAGUCGUUCAAGAUCUAAUGUGCGGACCAAUGACAGGAUAGAUAAAGCGAAGCUACUGGAAAUCGCUCAAAGUAAAGCUCAGAGAAUAAAAGCGAUGGACAUGCUAGAUCCGCGGAGUGGAAAUCCGAAAAGCAUUGAUGAUUUCGUCUCUUAUUGCGAGAAACUUCAAAGAAGUCAAGAAAAAGAAGAUAAAGGCGGGAGUGGCGGUAAUGUGGAAAAUGAUUUUGAGUUGGAAACGUUUCCGGCUCGCCUUAAGCAAGCCGAACCUAUAAAAAUUAAAAUUUCGAACGGAAACAAUUUUGCGAUGCAGAGCAGUGAAACAAAUAGUUUGAAGUUAUUAUCUUCACAACCUGCUAGUCAUUUGGAAUGGACGAAAGUUGAGCCAAAGACAUCCUCGGCACCGCACGACCAAAAACGAUAUAAUGUUUCUGAGAAAAAAAGCUCGUCUUACUCGAUUCUUCCACCGCCACCAAUGCCCCCAUCUUUUCUACCUCCUCCUCCUACACCUCCAAACUUAUGCCCUCCACCUCCUCCUAUGCCUGUUCUGUCUGAAUCUUCUGGAAAUGAACGUUCUCGGGACAAAUCGUCAACUAAUCAGUUUGCUCAGGUAGUACCUCAAGGCCUAGUAACCCCCCGCGCAGCUUUUAAUAUGAAUUCGAAAAAAUAUGCCGUAUCCAAUUUUUUUUACCAUGGCGGCGACCAGAUGACAUCCUGGGCUAAUGUAACUGGCAAAUAUACUGGUUCUACAGGUUUGAACGAAGUGUGUGCUGCCAAGCUGCCACCAUCCGAUGGUUCUGUGUACACUUUGGCAGAGAAGGAUGUGGCGGGUACUGUUUCCCCUACUGUUAGUGUUCUUGGUCUUAAAUUGAUGUAUAAAAUGGGUUGGAGACCUGGGAAAGGUUUGGGUCCCAAAUGCGAAGGUUUACUGGAGCCGGUUAUGCCUGAUGUUAAGCAUGAUAGGAAAGGCUUGCAAACUGAAGAGGAGCGAAAAUCACUUCUGUUUCAGAAAAUGACAAAUUUAUGCGAGACAAGUAAACAUCCUGUAUCACAAUUAAUGGAACUUUGUACUAAAAACAAGUGGCCUUUGCCUCAGUUUUACUUCUCCGCACAAGGUCCACCUCAUAACCGCGAAUUUUCUUGUUCCGCGCUGGUCAAUAAUGUUCAAUAUGAAACUGGUGUGAUUUCACGUACUAAGAAAGAUAGCCACCUCUCUCUGGGUCUUUCUAAACAACGGGAAUUUAAACUAGUUGAAUAA